UGUCUCCAGGGGACAGACUCAGGUGUUUAUAUUCAAUUCAGGGAGUCCAGUCCUUCAGGAGCAGCAGCAGCAUGACCAGCUCCACCGCAACCAGAGGGGGGGGCGUCCCAUGGAGGAACAACAGCUUCAUCCUGGGUGGGGGACGGGACCCCCCUCUGUCAGACCAGGGGGAGACCAUCAUCGGAGUGUACCUGCUGCUGCUGGGGUGGCUGUCCUGGUUUGGAAACAGCAUCGUCCUCUUCGUGUUGUACAGACAGAGGGUCACCCUGCAGCCCUCAGACUACCUGACCUUUAACCUCGCCGUCUCCGACGCCAGCAUCUCCGUGUUCGGAUACUCCAGAGGGAUUAUCGAGAUCUUCAACGUGUUCCAGGACAGCGGCUUCCUCAUCUCCUCCAUCUGGACCUGCCAGGUAGACGGUUUCUUCACGCUGCUGUUCGGUCUGAGCAGCAUCAACACCCUGACGGUGAUCAGCAUCACACGCUACAUCAAAGGAUGUCACCCCGACAAAGCCCAACACAUCAGUCGGGUCAGUGUCUCGGUCUGUCUGCUGCUGAUCUGGAUCACAGCUGGAUUCUGGUCUGGAGCCCCUCUGUUUGGAUGGGGCAGUUACAAAGAUCGGGGUUAUGGGACCUGUGAGAUCGACUGGGCCAAAGCGGGGUACUCCAGUGUGUACCGGUCCUACAUCAUCUCCAUCUUUAUCUUCUGCUUCUUCGUUCCGGUGCUCGUCAUGCUGUUCUGCUACGUGUCCAUCAUCAACACGGUGAAGAGAGGGAACGCUCUGUCGGCCGAGGGAGACCUGACCGACCGGCAGAGGAAAAUCGAGAGGGACGUCACCAUCGUUUCCAUAGUGAUCUGUACCGCCUUCAUCCUGGCCUGGUCUCCGUACGCCGUGGUGUCCAUGUGGUCCGCCUGGGGCUACCACGUUCCGAACCUCACCAGCAUCUUCACCCGCCUGUUCGCCAAGUCCGCCAGCUUCUACAACCCCCUGAUCUACUUCGGACUCAGCUCCAAGUUCCGGAAGGACGUGGCCAUCCUGCUGCCGUGCACCCGGGACGCCAAGGACACGGUCAAACUGAAGCGCUUCAAGCCCAAAGCCGACGCCCACGGCCGGCCUGCCGCAGGAGGCGGAGCCAGACUCAAAGUCCCCCUUAACCGGACCGAGAGGAAGUACACGUCCCUGGACCAGCAGAACCCCGCCCCCAGCCCGGACUCAGGGAUGGGGAGCCCGCCCUGCACGCCGCCGCCAGGCAACAAAGAGGUGUUCUACAUCGACCUGCCCAAACCCUCCGAGGCCGGCUCCGAGUACGAAUGUGCCCGACUCUGAUGGACCCCAGAGACCUGCAGGACUGACCUGCCUCUGAUUGACACCCUGAGCACCUGACGGACUCUGACUGACAGGCUGAACCAGAACCAGAACCAGAACUUGAGCAAGGACAUUUAACAGGCUCGGUGAGACAGAGGAGUCCUGAUCCUCGGACGACCCUGUUUUCAACUCCAGACAAGAUCUGGAUUAAGUCCUUCACCCUGUGGAUCCGGUCUGUGGACUCUGUGGACUCUUGGGGUCUUUGUCUGGACGGUCCAGGUUUCUGGGUUGUUUUUGAUUGAGACGUAGAGACCUCAGAUCCUCCGCUCGGUCUUUAGUUUGAACUGUUUCAUAAGAUUUAUACAAAAUGUGAAUAAAAAGG